AAGGGAAGAGGGUAAGAAUUGAGCUUGAAUCUCGUCUUUUUCUCCGUUCUCGCGGACUGAAACUCGAUAGCCGCUCUGAUUGUUUUUCAUCAAAGCUCGCAAUCCACGAACAAAACCUCAAUAGCAGAGAGCGAGAGAGAGAGAGAUGGUGAAGGUGCGCAUGAACACGGCCGAUGUGGCCGCAGAGGUCAAGUGCUUGCGUAGGCUAAUCGGCAUGCGUUGUUCCAAUGUCUAUGAUCUCUCUCCCAAGACGUAUGUAUUCAAGUUGAUGAAUAGUAGUGGGGUCACGGAAUCCGGGGAGAGCGAGAAGGUUCUGUUGUUGGUGGAAAGUGGUGCCAGAUUGCACACUACCGCAUAUGUUCGGGACAAAAGUAAUACCCCUUCAGGGUUUACUCUCAAAUUAAGGAAGCAUAUACGCACCAGGAGACUUGAGGAUGUACGGCAGCUUGGGUAUGAUCGGAUUAUUCUUUUUCAAUUUGGACUCGGGGCCAGUGCACACUAUGUUAUAUUAGAGCUGUAUGCACAAGGGAACAUUCUUCUCACAGAUUCUGAUUUUAUGGUCUUGACGCUUCUCCGUUCCCACAGGGAUGAUGAUAAAGGGGUUGCAAUUAUGUCACGUCAUCGUUAUCCUACUGAAAUUUGUCGAGUUUUUGAGCGAACUACUGCUGCAAAGUUGCAAGCAGCCCUUACUUUUUCCAAGGAACCUGAUAACAAUGAACCUGUUGAGAAUAAUGGAACGGGAACCAAUGUCUCAGCAGCAACAAAAGAAAAGCAUGGUAGCCAUAAAGGUGGGAAGUCAUUUGAGUCAAAUAAAAAUGUUGACGUUUCUCGUGCCAAACAGGCCACGUUGAAAACUGUCCUUGGGGAGGGACUUGGCUAUGGACCUGCACUUGCUGAGCAUAUUUUACUAGAUGCCAGUCUAGUUCCUAGUACAAAGGUUCCUAAAGAUAACAAAUGGGAUGAUGACACAGUUCAGGUUUUGGUCCAAGCUGUUAAGAAGUUUGAGGACUGGCUGGAGGAUAUUAUUUCAGGAGAUAGAGUUCCUGAAGGAUUCAUUUUGAUUCAGAAACAGAAUUUGGGAAAGGACUGUACGUUUUCUGAACCAGGAAGUACUGGCCAGAUCUAUGAUGAAUUCUGCCCCAUGCUGCUGAACCAGCUCAAGAUGAGGGAGUACGUAAAGUUUGAAACAUUUGAUGCAGCUUUGGAUGAGUUCUACAGCAAAAUUGAGAGUCAAAGGUCAGAACAACAGCAAAAGGCAAAAGAGAGCUCUGCUGUCCAGAAACUAAAUAAAAUACGUUUGGAUCAGGAAAAUCGUGUGCAUACAUUGAGGAAUGAAGUUGAUCGUUCUGUUAGAAUGGCGGAGUUGAUAGAAUACAACUUGGAAGAUGUGGAUGCUGCAAUAUUAGCUGUGCGGGUGGCUCUUGCAAAGGGCAUGAGUUGGGAAGACCUAGCUCGUAUGGUGAAGGAGGAGAAGAAAUCUGGAAAUCCUGUGGCUGGACUCAUUGACAAGCUCCAUCUUGAAAGAAAUUGCAUGACGUUGCUGUUGAGCAACAACCUUGAUGAAAUGGAUGAUGAUGAGAAGACAUUCCCAGUGGAUAAGGUUGAAGUUGAUUUAGCUCUUUCAGCACAUGCCAAUGCUCGGCGGUGGUAUGAAAUGAAGAAAAAACAGGAGAACAAACAGGAAAAGACCGUUACAGCACAUGAAAAGGCUUUUAAAGCUGCUGAGAGAAAGACUCGUCUACAGCUUUCACAGGAAAAAACCAUUGCCACAAUUUCACAUAUGCGCAAAGUUCACUGGUUUGAAAAGUUUAAUUGGUUUAUCAGCAGUGAGAAUUAUUUAGUUAUCAGUGGGCGUGAUGCUCAACAGAAUGAGAUGAUAGUCAAGCGUUAUAUGUCAAAAGGAGAUCUGUAUGUCCAUGGAGAUCUGCAUGGAGCUUCUAGUACUGUGAUUAAAAAUCACCGGCCUGAACAACCAGUACCUCCUCUGACUUUAAACCAAGCAGGAUGUUUCACAGUUUGCCAUAGUCAGGCAUGGGACUCAAAGAUUGUAACAAGUGCUUGGUGGGUUCACCCUCACCAGGUUAGUAAAACUGCUCCUACUGGGGAAUAUCUUACAGUUGGGAGUUUUAUGAUACGUGGGAAGAAAAACUUUCUUCCUCCACACCCUCUUAUUAUGGGAUUUGGAUUGUUAUUUCGCUUGGAUGAGAGCUCCUUGGGAUCACAUUUAAAUGAAAGGAGGGUAAGAGGUGAAGAUGAAAGCAUAAAUGAUGUGGAAGAUAGUCAGCUUCUCAAAGAAAAAUCUGAUACAGAGUCGCAGACUGAAGUCAUGGAUGAAAAACUUAGUGUGGAAUUGAAAAGCAUUCCAGAUUUAUCUACAGAUCUGCAUAAAUCAGUAUUUGAAGAAUCAGAGCUAGAACCUGCUCAUAGUGUUUUGACUACCACUAGUACAGAAGAUAUUGAUUCUCAUGAAUUUUCAGUUGAGGAGAGGCCUACCUUUGUUGAUAACGAAAAUGUAUCUGGUAUUGCUGGGAAUGGUGUUGCUUCAGUCACCCCACAACUUGAGGAUCUCAUUGAUCGAGCUCUUGGGCUAGGAUCUGCCAGUGUAUCUGGUAGAAGUUAUGGGCUUGAAGUUUCUCAUAUUGAUCCAUUUGAGAAAAAUAAUCUUGAAGAGAAAAUAGCUAUAGCAAAAGAUAAACCUUAUAUCUCGAAGGCUGGGAGGAGAAAACUCAAGAAAGGCCAGAAAAGUGUGGGUGUAGACACAGAUGUUGAUAAUGAAACUGAAAAACCACAAGAAAGUGAUACUUCUGUUGGUUAUCAAGAGAAAAAAUCCCAAACUACAGUGCCAGGUGGUGGAAAAAUCAGCCGUGGACAGAGGGGUAAACUGAAGAAGAUGAAGGAGAAGUAUGCUGAUCAAGAUGAGGAAGAAAGGAACAUUCGUAUGGCUUUACUGGCUUCUGCUGGAAAAACAAACAAGACUGAUGGAGAGACGCAAAAUGGAAAUGCAGCUGCAGUCAAAGAGAAGAAACCCGGCAAUAGUCCUGAUGAUGCCAUAAAAAUAUGUUACAGAUGUAAGAAGGUAGGUCACCUGUCUCGGGACUGUCGAGAGCAUCCAGAUGAGUCUUCGUAUAGUCAUGCAAGUGGUAGUGUUGAUGGUGAUCCCCAUAUGGUUUUGGGUAAUACUUCCGAGAUGGACAAGGUGGCCAUGGAAGAAGAUGACGUUCAUGAGAUUGGUGAAGAAGAGAAAGGGAAAUUAAAUGAUGUGGAUUACUUGACUGGGAAUCCACUGCCAACUGAUGUUCUCUUAUAUGCUGUGCCUGUCUGUGGUCCUUAUAAUGCACUCCAAUCAUACAAGUACCGUGUCAAGAUAAUUCCUGGCACUGCAAAGAAAGGGAAAGCCGCAAAAACUGCCAUGAAUUUGUUUAGCCACAUGCCAGAAGCAACUAGUAGAGAGAAGGAAUUAAUGAAAGCAUGUACAGAUCCCGAGCUAGUUGCAGCAAUUAUUGGCAAUGUGAAGAUAACGGCUGCAGGACUGACUCAGUUGAAACAGAAGCAAAAGAAAGGCAAGAAGAGCGGCAGCAGAGGAAGCUAACCAGAUUACAACUUACUGAAAACUAGCUUCUCUUGUUUACUUGGUAACAGCUCCAGAAAGAACAAAAUGAGGUCUAUGUAUUAGCUAGUAUGUUGUGAUACUAGCUAAUACUAACCUAAAAGAAAUUGAAAUCUUAAUACAGCAUGUGUUGAGAUCUGGUUAGUUUAAGUAGCGUAUAAGUGCCAAUUAUUUCUUUGUUUUGUUUUCUUUUUUUGGAGAGAAGACAUUGUGAAUAAUGUCAAGGUACAAAAGGUGGGGCUCAACAAAAUCUCAUUACAAAUGCUGUAGCGGUGCAUACAGAGAGAAAAACAAAAGAAUAAUGGAGCCUAAUAAAGGUUUCGGUCUUGAGCUUUC